AUGUGGUCAAAAGAGCUGAAGCUUAUAUGUGCCUCUUUUAUAGUUUCUUUCUUACAUAGCAUGUCCGCAUUUUGCGGAGCAAGGGCAAGCUCUAUUGUUGUGCCACUUGUGGCAAAAGAAAUUGCCACUGCGCGAGACAACCUGGCGCUGGGUGACUACCCGGAUCCUGAAGGGAUCAAAGUUGGGAAUGUGCAUUUCAGGUAACAUGGAUUUGAUUAUUGCGAAUUUAUUCAUGAAGGGUUACUAUCUACAACUAUUUCAUCAUGAUAUUUCUGAUGCAGAGUAGCUUUCAAUUCAUAUUUAUAAUUUACACUGCUUUUUAAGGCCAUUUCCACUCAAAUUACUUAACAGGAUGAAAAGAAAGUCACUUUCACAGCUUGCCAUGUAGGAAAACUGUAGAUAGCAUGUAUUUGCCCUAAAGACAUUUCAGUUUGCCCCUAAAACAUUUUGAUGAGCAGGAUUUACCACUCAUUUAUUACACCAAAGGCAAAAUCCACCAAACCUUUUGACAAUUUUCACAUCCAAAAAAGUUAAGGAAAUUUUAUAACAAUUUGUGUCUAUGUUGAAACAUGGAAAACUCAGGAUUCUAUAUUAAUUUUGUUUACAUUAACCCAUUUUUUGACAGGCCAGAUGAACAAUUUGGCGUCGUCAUGAAGAUUCUCCUGUCCCAUGAGAAAAAUGAUGCUGCCAAUAGAGCACAUAUGUAUGUACCUAGGAUAUGCACACUCCUAUGGCAAAGUUUGAGGGGGUGGGCUGCACUGACCAUGACCAAUACAAUUUCUAUCCAGAGGAAGUAUAACUCAGCUUAAUGCCUCAGGGGCAUAACAUGAUUAUGUCAUCAAAUCAAUUAUUCAAUUUCAUAUGUUAAAGACUGAUUGAGAAUGGACCAAUAUUGUGUCUACUUCAGCAAACCCCAGGGGCCAUGUGUCUCCUAGUGUCUCCUUAAGUCCUAAUCUCCUAACAAAAGGUUCUUCAAGAUCAAGGGGAAUCUUUGUGAGGUGUUUUAGAAAAGUGACCUUUACACUUUACGUGUGGAAUGUGACCUGCACAUGAGACCUGGCCCACUAACAACAAGUCCCUAAAUCUUUACUUAUUAUGGGUUUCAGCUUACCUUGAAAAGAACAGCAUCAGUAAGAGACUACAUAAAAUUAAUGUUGAUUUAAUGGAAAUAUAAAAUGCUUCCCUUACCUAUUUUUGCAAAAUCCCACAGGCGAGAAUUUACUUUCACCCCAUUACAUGAAGACAAUCCUUACUGUCCUGUAAAACUUGGGUUCUUGCUUCUGGCAAGGAGGGGUGUCUUUAACAUCAACCCAGUGGAUGCCUGGAGGAAAAAAGAGUUCACUUUUAAAGAGGAGGCUAAGCAGUGGCCACUGUUUUGUGAGGCCGACUGCUCCACUAAAACGUUAACGGUUAGUGACAUGUACAGUUCUGUAAUACCUGUUAGGGGAAAGGUUCUGCUUUUAAGGGCAACUUCACCAUGAAUACUUCUUUUUUUGAGAAAGUUUUGAGAAAGUCAUGCAACUAUACUGUUUAUGUACCUUUUUUUCUUCUUUUUUACUAUUUGGAAAUACACAUAUGACGAAUUGCACAUUUCUCAACAAUAGAGCUUAUGGGAUUGUGUUAAUUUUUAAAUUACAGCCCAGUUCCAAUAAUAUAAUCCUAUAGCAUACAAAAGCAGUGUUCUCUUCUUGGUAACCGGUAAAAUUUACUGUCUGGAACACUGAACACUUCUUACCGCCUGAAACCGCUUGAAGGUUUACUAAAAUAAAAUGAAUUGUUUUAAAAAAUACACGAGUUGUGCAUGAUCCCAUCCGAUCAAGGAAAUGAAUGAAUUUAUCGACGUGUACUAAAGUAUACACAGCUUUCUUUUUAUGGGCCAUGCAUUUUGGAAAUAGUGCAUUGAAGAGUCUCAUUUAAAUACCUUAGUUGACAAAAAAUCUAUUGUACCCGACUAAACGUAUGUUUUUCCUUAAUUUUACUUCCUUACUGCAAAGUCUCUUGAAUCGAAGAUUUAAAGUGUCGCUACACGUGGCCAUGUCCCUCACUCCGUUGUCCCCCUCCCCCCAGGAAAGUCCACCUCUGUAGCAUAUUUUUUCUCUUGGCAGCCAUAAAUAACCCUUAAUCUGCCUAGCUAUAAUUCAGGGAGAACACUGCAAACGUACUGAAUUAAAGUAUUCACUUGCAGACAAAGCCACUGAAUAACAGCCAACUUGGCCGUCUAGUGAAGACUUCUAUCCAAGCUGCAGGAUUUAAUGCAGAAGACCUCUCACACAGGUCUUACAGAUCGGUGAGGAUUAAUGAUGUAAUUUAGAGUUGUUCAUGUGAAAGGCCGGUCCGGUCAUCCAAGCUGUUGAGGGCAAUUAUUGAUAAUGAACUCUGGUUAUUUUUAGGGAUUUGCUACCAGGUUUAUUAUUGCCACGGCAAUAGAAAAUGGUGGCCGGUUCGAGGAUCACCAUGUGGACCACCUUAAACGGCUUGGGGGGUGGUCCCAGAAGUCCUCUGUUGUACAUUUGUACAUAAAGAAAGUGCUUGAAGAUUACAGCGAUUCGGCUGGAUUGCUUAUUCCAGGUGAGGAAUAUUGGGGUAUUGAUGAUAACACUUAAUUUAUUCAGCAGCUUCACUGGAAUCCUUCUGUAGAGACAGGGAUGAGUAACCGAACCCUGUGAUCCCUCCUAUUUUACUGCUGCUCUUUGGUCGAUAAAAAACACCUUAUCCUAAGAAUUCCUAUAUAUUUGGCAUACUGCAGUUCAGAGGACAAGGCUCCCUUCCCGUUCUUUUUAAAGCAUGUUAUUUGCUGUAAAAAAAAAUAUAUAUAUAUAUCAACAUCAUUCUUAAUUUAAAGCAGAGCGCACAUUACAGAAAGAACAACAUGCAAAUACUCACUAUGAUGUCGAGAUGUCUCAUCUUGGUUUUGCAAAACUGACUCGAAUUCUUUGCACUUCAUCUGGAGAGAUCAUCUAUGACUAUGUAAACACACAAAACAAUUAUCAAUACUUAUGCAAGUUAUGUAGUCUUAAAAAAAUAUUCCCAACAUGAACCUUAUAUGGGCAUAACUAACAAUUUUCCGCAUCAUUUUCAAGGCCUGCGAACUGAGGAGGAGAGGGAGGACCGCCUCAAAAAUUUGCCAUCUGCCUAUAAUUUUCGCCUUCAGAGCCCAGCAAAGAACAUUACAACGGAAACAGAUGCACAAGACCUAUUCCCUGAGGAAUAUCAAGCCUUUCUCAAUGCUUAUGGGCCUCUACAAAAGGCUAAGAGUAUGUUCAGCAUCCAAGUACAUCUACUUAAUUUACUUGUUAAUGCAAUUAUAAGUCACAGUUAUCAAUAUGUAAGUGAACUUUUUAUUCUGACCUUUGAGAAUGUAGCUGACUCUCAUAUACUAUGCGUGACAACAUACUGCUUGAGAUGCUACCAAUAUUAAUAAUGAUAAGCAUCACUUUCCAUCAGGUGUUAUAUUGAUCCUAAAAAUAAGGUGAAAUCAUUAUUACAAGUAAAAACAAUAUAACUUGAUGCUUUCAAAAAAAAUAAAUGUCUAUGUGCUCUGGAAAUGGAUUUUGUUCCAAUUUUUUUUUCUUGAUUACACUCAGGUCGUAAUUCGAUGAUGAAACUGACGGUAAAAACAAGUUUUAGCCACUGUAACCAGAACUGCAGCUUGAUCUAAAAAGGGAUGUUUGAAAUAAAUAGUGUCAAAGUACUCAUAAUUAGGCAAAGAAACAACUUGACAGCAACAGAUGUAGUUAGAUGGAAACUUUUUUACAAUAACAUUCAAGCCCUGGGAUUUCAAUUCCCAUGGAAAGCCAUAAGUAACAAAUUUUUGGGUUCCAUGAAAAUUUAUGGGAACCCAUCCCGUAAAUGUUUUAAAUGUUUCAAAGUCAUGUACUUUUUCCUGGCACUGGAAGCCAUAAACUAGUUAUUAUGUAAAAUGCUUUCUGGGAAUGAUUCAAGACGGAGCUACUCUGAGAUGCUAAACAUUUCAGUUUCGUAUAUGACACGCAACUAAGGAAUUGCCUUAGCAGUUAAGUAUCUGUGUGGAAAAAUAUACAAUUCCUGUCAAUGAAUUCCUAUGGCUGAUAAUUUAUCAACAAUUUAAUAUUAUCUUCUAUACAUGAUGCAGCGUACCUUCUAAAACCUCCUGCACAUCCGUUUGAUAAUUACCCAUUAAUGAACGAGGCUGAGUAUCUUAUGAAGAAUUAUGGAGAUUGAGGAGAGUGUUAUCUGUCGAGGCCAAAGGCCGAUGGGGAUAACACCACGAAAGCUGAAUUCGAUAAUUGGUUUACUACUCAUUCAAGAUAAUACCUAGUUUAAAAGGAUUACUAAAACAAGCUUACCUGCAUCGGUGUUAAGUUCAUCUUCCAUAGAUUAUGUUUUGGUCUGUCCAGCGCCGCAAUUUAAUAUUCUCCAAAUAGCAGAUGUUGCCGUCUGACUUCUCUUCUUGCUGUUUUUGCUGUUUAUAGCCAGUAUUUCGUCUAGUUCCAGCUGUAGUUCUUACUCUUGAAACGAGUGAAGUGGCCGCCAUUUUAGUUUUUAAAACAAAACCAACUCAAUCACGUCCCCAGGUCGUCUCAGUUAAUGGUGCAUUAACCUGUAGAAGGCUGCAUUUUUUAUGUCAAUUCUUCGUUAAACACAAAAUUCUUCCAAAUUUGGUCAUCAGUAACUGGUUAUGGUGAAUUAUGUGUGUGCUUUUAGACAAUCAGAAUUGGGGAAAUACUUUGAAUGAAUAAUAAAUGAUUAUAAUGUAUUACAACAAUAACAAGUCCAUUUUUACAACAGAUGAAAAUCCUUCUGAUGUGAAGAAAAUUGCAAGCGUGAAAAGAAAUGCAGUCCGAGAAUUCUGCAAAAAAAAGAAUAUGGAACAACAUGAGAAGCGCCUGGAACUGCCUCCCACUCCUCCCAAACCGGUAACUUAAUUAGGAUAAUAUUAUUAAAGUCAGCUCACAAAAUGUAUAGGAACAACAUUUCCAUUGAAAUAUAAUGAUACAAGUAACAGCUUCAGUUUGAGUUACUGAUAUGCUUCUAUCACAUUAUUAAAUUACAAAUUAGAUCAUUGCAUGAGUCAGUUCAGUUCUUUUUCCGAUCAAUUACAUGUAAUUCAAUUACAGGAAACAACCAGACGCAUUGAUGUAAUAGAUGUACUCACAACUUGGGAAGGAGAGAGCCUGCCUGUCCACCUGGACACCAGAUCUAGGUGGAUUCCCCCUGAAGGAGACAGUUAUCCAGAACAGUUUAACUGCCCCUUCAGGGGAUGUGAGAGCACCUUCGCCAGUGCUGAUGAGUGUGACAAUCAUGUCACACUCAUCCAGCAUUCCAAACAGAAAGUUGGAAAUGACAAGAACUGGAUUUGUAGAGGUACACAUGUUUCAGAAAUUGCAAUGCAAUCUGGGUGUUAUUUUAUCUCAUACAAUGUAUUAUGAAUAGGGCUCAAAAAUAUCCCUAUUAUACUGGCAUAUCUUUAAUAUCAUAUCUUUUAAUUAUUGACUAACCUAGCAGAGAGGGGAUAAGUGAAAGAGAAGAAGGAUGUAACAUACGGAUGCGGACAUUAAGCAGCAAAGAGUAGUAAGGGUGGUGUGAACGGGGCAAGAGUUGGAGUGGUGGGGGGGGUUAGAUGACGGCAUGAAUGUGAUUAUGUUAAGUACUACCUUCUUAAGGGGGCUAUUUAUCGAGGGAGGUUAUUAAUUGAGGGACAGCUAUUAUUCAAGGAAAUAUGGUUAAGUCCAGUCGGCAUUAAUUUUGCCACUCGUCAAAUAAAUUGUUAUUCCUUUUCUUCUUUUACUUGUAGCUGACCAGAAAAGCUUCCAUUCGUUGGAUUGCCUCAGGGCACACAUAAACAAGUGCCACUUACCAAAAAGGUUUCAUUGUGACAGGUGCCACUACAAGACAAAUCAGACAGGGCAUCUCAAGCGGCACAGGACAAAUGUUCAUGGUUUAAGUGACCACCUAGAAAUAAAAAAGUGGAGGCAUGAGCAGUAA